CCGAUUGAGAUUAAAGCUUUGGGUCAUAUUAUUACAAAGACCAUAUAAACUUUGACCAUUCGGGGAAUCUAAACAGAACCAAUCCAUUUGUAGUUUGCUCCGCUUUUAGACGUUUAACCACCCUCCACCCCUCCGUUUCUAAUGGUAGACUUUGCUGGGUCCUGAUCAGCCUCUGACCACAGAGUUGUGUCAUCGGGAUGUGUGAAGCUGAGAGACUGGGUAGCAUGUGUGUUAUUCCAGUGCAUGACUUUGUGAUCUGAGAACAGAGAACACAACGGCUAUCUCUCUCGGAUCAGUUACACACAAAUAACUUGCUGGCCAGGACUCCUGGAGAAAAUGGAGGAGAGUUCGGGAGAUGCAGUGCCAACCAUGGAAGAAAAGCCUAUGUCAGUGGCUGCAUUAGCAUCAAAAUUUAAACAAGGAACGAACAAUACCUUAGAAAAGAAUGAGAAACCGCUCAAGAGACCAGUUCGGAAAAAGCCUCCUAGCUCACUGCCUUUGUGUGGGAUGAAGAAUGACAUUGAAACAGACCGUAAUGCAGAUGAGAAGUCAUCAGUUAAUGACUCCAACCGUCCACCAAAGUUGAAAUUGAAGACUUCGUCCCCGCUCAUUGAAAAACUCCAGGCCAACUUGUGUCUCUCCCCGAUUGCUCUCUUGCCUGGGGCUGGUCCAAAGAGUCCAUUAAAAUCUUCCUUCUCACCUUUUACUAGUCCUGCUUCCACACCUGAUAGUCCUGGAACACGCUCCCAAUCUAGUGAAUCUGAUGGAGGGCCAGUUUCAUUUGACCAACCUGCAGAAAGGGAACCUUUGCACAGUCUGCACAAGAACCGGGUACGUGUGUCAUUGAAACGACGGCCACCCAGCAGGAGAUUUCGACGAUCAGUUGCUGAAGAUGCAGCUAACUCUGACUCUGCAGAAACAGACACGUCUCCUAAGAAUGCAGAACCAGUACAGAAUGGAACACCAGAUGAGGAAAGCAAUGAUGUUUUUACUGAUGAUGGAGUUCAAACCGAUGAUGCAACCUCUAAGAAUUCCCCUUCGCCUGAAGAAGACUCUCUGCCCUCCCCAAAAGAAUCUUCUCCUGAACAAACAUCCGAGAAAGAGCUCGAUCACCUCUCCUCUCCUCAAAGCCAAGAAUCUGAAUUGUCUUCUGAUCUAAGCCAAUGCGAACACGUGGAAGACAAUGCUAGCACUACAAAAGAAACUGAGGAGUCUUCAAACAAAGACAAUGAGGCUUCUGCCAGCAGUGAUCACAACAUAGCAGGAAGUGAGACUGCAGAUUCUGAGAGCUCUAAAGAAGAACCCAAAAUUGAAGAAGUGAAUGCAAUUGAUAUUCAGCAGCAGAAUUCCAAAGCAGAGGAAAUGUCUCCUGAGGGCACUGAAGACGAAAGAUGUACCUGACUAUAUCAAACUCGGUCCAGUUGAUAUUCAUUGGAGGCUGACAAGUUUUCAAUGUAAAUCUGUUUAUUUUGUGCCUAAAGGUGAAAGAAAACUGUUCUUUCUGCGCAACUUUUAGCUCUUUUGUUUGCUAGGGUGUGUGCAUGUUUCUGUAAUAGUUCCCCUGCACAUUGUUUGCUUCUGCUCCUUAAGGGCUGGACUCAUUCACAGAUCUAUCCCAAUUUACUCAGGUAUCUCCUUUGUGCAUCAUGAUUUUGAAAAUUUAUCUUUUGGAUAAAUACUUAAUUCUAGUUGCACAUUACAAGGAGUGACUGCAAUGAAUGUCAAUAAAUAAAAUAGCACAGAAAUGCCAAAAAAGAAUUGUGCGCUGGACCUUUACACUUAGAUAUGACUGUGUGGAAUAGUGGAUGUGAAAUUUGCACGCAACUGCAUAAUUCAAAAACAGAACGAAUAAUUCCCUAAAACCAAAAAUGGCAAUCUUAGAAUCUGGGGAAUCAAAUGAAAAGAUUCCAAAUAGACAGUAAUUAAUGCCAAUGAUUUAUUUAAAUGUAAAAAUGCCCCAAUUAGUCAGGUCCUCCAUGCUGCUGUCUUCCAGCUUUAUUUCAGAAUAAGGUAUCUCUAAUUUUAAAAAAAUGGAAGGAAAGUUACAGAUUUGUCUAUAUUUUGUCGUCCUGUCUGUUAACACUUCUAUUUUGGAGAUUGACCAAACAUAGCAACACAAUUGCUGAUCAGUUGGUUGGUGGGACAGACAGAGCAGGAUUGAAGUAGAGCUCAGUAGUUAGUUUAUGGGGUCUCCAACUUAAAUCCCAGCAGUUUGAUGGAGUGAAGAAACUUGCUAAUCCUCUUCUGAAGCUAUAGCUUAAAAUGGCAGAUCAGGACUGGAAAACGUCCAUUGCAAUCUGUCAAAUCAGGCCAGGGAAGGAAUAGAUAAUUCCCUGCUUCAUUUUAACACACUCUAGCUACACCCCAUAACUCUUAAGCCUGAUUUCAACCAAACAUAGGAUCUAAAAUCAAGGAGAUGAUUGACUUAAAUUUAUGUAUUACUUGUCUCAGGUGAAUGCCUGUUCGGUUGUUUGCCUUAAAGAUUGAAAACAAAGUUCUUGUAUAUCAACAAUCUGCCUAGCCUUUGAUUCAAAACUGUUUAAGACAAAAUUGCUCUGAACUCCUGUUUGAAUAGUUUCCUCUGAAUUCAUUUUCCUCCACAUCAGGGAUUUUGUUUCCCAUCUUGAGAAAGGUAUGGUGAGGUGCACGAAUUCUGGGUGAUGUUAGUCAUUGAGUAAAAAUUCAACCUCUCCCCUUCCAGCGACAGUUCACGCUAUCUACAAAUAGAGAAUUGUUUUAUUUGUGCAUCCUUAACCAGGACAGCACAAUAAGUUGCUGCAAUUACACGGAAACCUUUUGGAGUAGGAAAUCCACUUGUGCUUGUGAUAAAAUGUCCUGAUGGAAGAUUUAGUUCUUUGCUUGUUAUUAAUACUGGGAAAUAUUUUAGUGUCUCUGGCAAUGGAAUGUUGAAUUUUGAGCCCUCGCAAUGAGCAGAGGCUUUCAACACUUUCAUAUCCACUAAUGGCAACACAUCUGCACAUGACUGAAAUGAUGAUGUGAUCUUACUCUAACACUUCAUUCAGUUCCAUUGCUCAUGCACAUUAAACAUUCAAAUUACAUACCAAAUUACAAGUCAAGCUCAGAAAUGGGAAAGUGCUUUUUUCAAAUGUCCUGGUUAAGUAUUUUACAAAACAAAUAUGUGAAAACACUGCGAUGAAUAAAAUGAUUUACAUCAGUAAGUGUUUCUCACAAACCUUUUUAUAUAUGUUCAUUUUCAUGGUAUUUACAAAGUUAAAAUGUGAAAACUACAGUGGGAUUCUUUUAUAGUGCAGCGUUGCCCUCUGCUUGCCUUUUUCCAUAGCAGUUAAAAUGAACUCUGGCAGCAGCUGACAAAUUCUGUAGUUCCACAUAAGUACUUUAUAAUCUCACCACACUGUGCUGAUGCAGAGUCACUAUGCACUUCACACAUGGUUGCUUGUUUCUGUUUUUUUUUAUGAAUAUCUCAAUGUUCCAUGACUGACUUGGAUGAACAAUGAUCAGGAUUAUUCUAUUAAUUAAAAGAAACUUCAUUAAAGGCAAUAUCUACAUGUAAUAAACUUGGUAAAAUUUCAAAUUAACCUGUGCAUCGCAUUGGCAGCUUUCAUUGAAUUCAGUCACUGUGAAAUUAUUCAUUUCCAAUUUUCCCCUCGACUUGUCAGGAAACACCAGUCAAUGCAGUCCCAUCUUACUGAAUUUUUUUAAAAUUUGGCAAAUAAGAUGAGGAAACUGUUGUUCAACAAGAUUAUAUGAACCAGAGAAUCCAAACUGAAAUUAUUGGUCUCUGGACAAUUGUGCAAGAGUUAUUUGUGACUUUAUUAUGGUUUAAGAGAAUAGGAACAUGGAAUUCUUGUUCCAAUAAAUCUGAGCUGAGAAAAUAUUUGAUUUGAAUAAUGUAAAUUGAUAUUUUCUGGCUUAAUAUAUGAAAGAUUUAAAAUAGAAAGAUUUAAAAUGUGGUUUCAUUGAAAAAAAAAUUGAAUUUAAGAGUAUUGACUAAAACUUCCAGGUGGAAAUAUAUUUAUCAACAUAUUGCCUCAUCAAAACGUACACAUGAAACAUGAGACCAAAUUGGUUCAGUAGCAGGAAGACAUUAAUCCCAUUUGAUACCUACAAUGACCUCUUGUUUCAUGCAGCCAUAGAAAUAUGUAUAAUAGGAGCACGGUCUUGCUGUAAAUAACCCUCCUGUCAAGCUAUACUGCCACACUUGCUUGCUUCAACUAACGAUACAAUUUUACUUGUCAUUGAAUAACCUUCUCUCUCAACAGAUUUCAAAAUGCUGGUUUUAAAUUAUUCGAUCAAAUUGUGUUAGUCAAAAUUUCUCACGUAGGUACAACUCCAGAUCAACUACCUUCAGAUGCAAAAUACUAAGUUAAUGAGAAGUGUAUAUUAAGAAAUCAACCAUAAAGGAAAGCUUGAUCAGAGUAGCCCCAAGAGCUUUGAGACUUUGGAGGCAUUGAUAAUAGAAGUGUGAUUAAAUCAGUAAGUUACAGAAUGAUUAGCCAUGGGUCAGUAUUUGCAUUGAUUCUAAUGAAAUCAAUAUUGUGUAUUUGGCAAGAAAACAACUGGAAUUGAUGACCCUAAUUUUUGCCUGAGUGACCUAAAUUGUAUGCCCUUUUACAAUGUUCACAAUCUGUCCAUAUAUUUCUUCGUGAUUUCCUGCAUAUUUUCAAAGCUGAAUAUUGCGACGUAGAGAAAGUAAAGAAACUGUGCACAAUUUUUUAUUUACAAUCACCAAAUAAAGCAGGCUUGUUGAUUUUAUGCCACUUAACUGUAAAGUUGUUAAUCAGGCAUGACUUGGCAAAGGACACUUCCUUCACUACUAUUACAAUAUUAGUGCAACUCAUAUGAGUUGGUCCAAUUAUUGGAGAUGAUCUGAACAAUGGGACAAUGCUAUCUCCACCAACAUUUCCUAAUUAAAAGGUUUUGCAUGUAAUUUCUACUAGGGACCUCAAGAUAAAUCCUUUGAUCACACCAAAAAAAGUAGUUGUAUUGAAGUGAAAAUGUUUUAAGUGGGAUGGUGUCUCUGAGCAGGAGCAUUUAAUUUUGCUACUGCACGAAUUAUUGCAUUACCUUGCAAUUAGUAUCCUAAUGUAUAGCGCAGUUUCAAGUCAUGGAUUUAGAAUAUAGAUAUGUAACACUUCUGAAUGACUGUGAAUGUAAAAUUCUCAAUGGAGUGAGGUGUAUGCUGGAAGUGUUUUGCUUUGUAUUCUUGGUAAAUAUAUGGUGCCAAAAAUGCUGCUUUUGUAAGCUUUUAAGUGAAAAUAAAAAUGUACUAUGAAAGUAAAA